ACCCUGACUGCGAACACUGGCAGCCAUGGAAACCGUUGGACGCUAAACAUGGCGCGGUGGCAGCUAAGGCGCUAGAUAAAGCUACCGAAGCUAGCAUCGGAAAACGCCGCAUUUGGUCAUAAAGACGCACACGAAGGCGACGUUAGCGACAGCUAGAUGGAUAUUACCUAACAUGACCCUGGUUUUGAUUCGCCUUUCAUUUCUCUGUGCGAAUGUUUGCCCACUUUAGACCGCUUGGUUAGCAUCUGAGCUAGCUUUAGCAUCUCUUCACAUCAAUGGCUUUCUAUGAAGUGUACGCUCACCCGGCUCUAGUUCGGUACAGAACCAGCGUGUGUACAAAGGCGACCCUGUUCCUGGUGGUGGUUCUGUGCCUCACAUACAUCGCACCUCUGCUGGUCGCUUACAGAAGCCAAGGUUUCUGGAUCAAAAGAAAGACGUACGAAGAACAGCCUGUGGUGAGGUUUCAGUACCAAACGCUGCUGGUGGCAGCGACCAGUUUACGAGGAGAUUAUGUUGCCUGGAGCACGUUCCCGCAUCUCAACAACAUGCUCGGGGCCAACCUGAGGAUCCCUGCUGUGUCCGUGAGAGAGGAGGACCGGAACCAAGAUGGGAAGCUGGACCUUUUGACAUUUCAGCUGCAACUUCCUCUGCAACCCGACGAACAAGUGUACAGCGUUCAGCUGCUGCUCACCUUCAGCUACCAGCUCUUUCGGAUGUCCACAGUAGUGAUGCAGAGCCUGGCGUUUGUGCAGCACUCGUCUCCCGUGCCUGGAGCCAGGCUGUUCAUCAGCGGAGACCUCCGGCUGCAGCAGAGGACGCCCCUGCCUCACCGGGGGCUCUACGACAUUUACAACGUGUCGGUGAUCGACGGCUCCAGUCCUUUUGCAAGUGCGUACGACCUGAAUAACAUUAUGAGAAGCUACCAGGAGAGAAACUUAACGACGGUGCUGUCCUGCACAACACCAGUCUGGACUGUUGGACGUGCUGCUGGCUCCCCCUUUGAGCUUAAUGCAGAAAUCCGUUAUCCCUUGGAGGUCAUCAGUUAUCGUCCCGGCUUCUGGGAGACCAUCAAGUUUGCCUGGAUCCAGUACGUCAGCGUCCUCCUCAUCUUCCUUUGGGUCUUUGAACGCAUCCAGAGAUUUGUUUUCCAGAACCAGGUCAUCAGAACUGUACCCAUACCUGUGGGAAAACCUCACCUUUCCUGAUGCAGGGCUGAUAUAUUUUUCUACAGGCGAAGACCGUCUGAAAUCUACACAUUUUCUGAAAUAACGCCAUAUUUUUUUUAAUAUUAGUUUUUUGUUAACUACUAGCUGUGUGUUAAAGGUGAAAGAGAUGCUCCUUUCAGGUUUAGACCUUUGAUUACUUUUAAAACACAUGGCUUUUAUGCAAGAAGGACGUAAGAAAUGACAUUGAGUUGGUUGCAUUUUCCUACACCUGUGAGGUCAGUACAGAAAACUAAAAGUUUUUUUUUUUCUGUCCUGUAACAGCGACGCCUCUCAGUUUAGCUUUUCGUCCAUUUUGUUAUCACAUUAGUCCACCUGCUGCGUCUUUUAGAUACCCUCCAGAAAACCAUGACACCCACAUGUCACAAUCUGAAACGUCUGGACUUGUUGCAGUACAAAAAGUUCUGUUUCUGCCAGUUUUUACUCAUGAAUCAGAAGAUUUACUAGACUUUUCUCUGGAACAGAAACCUUACAAUAAACACAACCUUUUUUUCUCUUAUAGAUCUAUAUUCCUAUAUAGUUUUUCUUUGGACCCCUUUGUUUUAAAAAUGAUGAUUAUUUUGCUGUUUAUAGCAUCUGAAAUCCUUAGAUUUUGUGAUUAGAUGUUCUAUAUUUUUGCAUUUCCUAUGUUUAUUUUAUGUUUUGAAAGUUUGUGACAAAAAUAAAAGAAAUUAUUUUGUA